AUGUCCAAAGCUGCUCCUGCCAAAAAACCAGCGGCUGUGGCCCGGCCUCUGGGAUGUACCCUGAAUAUCAAUGACCCUCAGGUCCAGAAAGCAGCCAUUUGCAUCCAGGCCUUUUACAGGGGCCACAGGUCCCGGAAGGAGCUGUGCGAGAACGGGCCGCAGCCAGUGCUGGAGCCGCUGAAGGCCGUGGUGCUGAUCGAGGGCAGCGCAGCCAAGCUGACUUGCCAUUUCCCGGACCCAUUCAUCCGCUAGAGCAAGGACGGCAAGGAGCUGCGCGACGGGCCCAAGUAUCCUUACGUCUUCCAGGACCCCGACGUCGUCGCACUGAUGGUGCGCGAUGGCGAGCUGGCAGACCUGGGCCAGUACAGCGUCAACGUAACCAACCCCUUCGGCCAGUGCUCGGCCUCGGCGCGCAUCCUCGUGGAAGUCCCCGCGAAGAUUCAGAAGGGACCGGAUAACACUAAGGCGCGCAAAGGCACCACGGUGACGCUGACUGCGGCGAUCUUGGGCGAACCUGCGCCCGACGUGGGCUGGAGCAAGGACGGGGAGGACAUCGAGGAGGACGACAGGGUGUUCUUCGACGCCAGCAGUACCACCACCACCCUGACCAUUCACCGGGCCACGCCCGAGGACAGCGUGUACGAGGUAUACGUGGAGAACAGCCUGGGCAUGGACCAGAGCUUCGCAUGGACGUGGCCUGAAAGGGACCCUCAGAUCUUUCGCCCUGGCUCCCAGCCCGGGCCCCCACCCUCUGGUGGCGGGGGUCUGCGCCCUGGCCGCGCCCAUUUCAAGGCUGGCCACACCUCCUCUCGUCUCAAGCCGGGCUUCUGCCUGUGA